CUUAACCUUGCACGUGCAUGAGACAGAUUAAGCGCCGAGCAAAAGGAACAACGUCACCAGUGGUACAGAGUGAGACAAGGAUGAUGGGGGCCCGCCAGAUGGGAAAAAACCGUUCGUUGCGAGACGAGUAUGCACGAAACGCGGUUGUCAUCUACAACAAGCAAGCACGCACGCACUCCACUUGCACGGCAGCAGAAGCAACAUCAUAGAAGAUAUUCAACCCAGGUCUUGCCACAUCUCUCAACUUCUUUAAUUCCCGAUUCUUUCCUCGACAUUCAACUUACCUUCUUUACCCCUCCCACCACUCCCCGAAAUUUUCUCAAAGAACAACACAAGAUGAAACGCAGCGACUUCAACGAGAGAGAAGAUGUGCAGACUUGGCGAGACCGUCUGCUGGGGAAACGCUUGGUGACGUCGGACUUCGAGAUCUCGGAGCAUACGAGGACGCUUCUGAGCUCGUGGAUGCCGCGGGUGUACUUCAACAAGCCGCUUCGGGAGGGCGUUGACGGGGACAUGCAAUCCGAUGUCCAGCCCGAUUCGCGUCUUCUAAGGUUGCCGGCUGAAAUCAGAAACCAUGUGCUGGAGUAUGUGCUCGCAGCCAGGCCGUUAGAGAUUGAUGGCUGCGAAGGUGAUGGGAUUGGAGGAGGGGUGGGAAGGGAGAUAGGUACGAGAGAUGGAUGUGCUGUUAUAUUCUGCUGUAAACAGCUUUAUAUCGAGGGGAGGGCGUUGGCGUUGGAACAGCAUACCUACUCUUUUGAAAAGCUUCCGAAGAAGAGGAGCUUUGCGUAUGAAAUGUCGAGUGAGGACAGAUAUUUUUGGGACAAGUUGAAUGUUAUAUGCGACAAGAAAUCGAAUGUGAUCACAUUGGUUCAUUAUGGUUGAAAGCUCUACCAGAGGCAACACUAAUAUAAAGAGGUUUGGGUC